GUUUUAGGAGUGCUUCGGUUUGUCAUGGAUAGUUCUUGAGUCUUCAAAGUAAUGUGUUUUGUGUGCUAUUCACUUAUUGGAUUAUCCUAUGUUCGUAUUAAUCGAUACAAGCAGAUCUACAUACUAUAACUGUUACAAAAGGGAACGAUAGUAAUUCUAUGAACGUCAGAAAAUUGUCCAUCUCUAAAGGAGAGUUUCUGCUAGAAACAUGGCUGACCCAGCUCCUCCAGACAAAAUAAUGGUUUUUAGACCUACUUUUGAAGAAUUUAAAGACUUCAAUAAAUAUAUCGAAUACAUUGAAUCAUGUGGUGCUCACAAGAUGGGUUUGGCAAAGAUUAUACCUCCAAAAGAGUGGGUCCCCAGGAAAAAUGGGUAUGAUGACAUAGACUUAAUGAUUCCUGCUCCCAUUGAGCAAAUUGUUACUGGACACCAAGGUCUCUAUACACAGUUUAAUGUUCAGAAAAAAGCCCUGCAUGUGAAAGAGUUUGAAGCUAUGGCUAACUCUCCCAGGUACCGCACACCAAACCACUUUGAUUAUGAAGACCUUGAGAGGAAGUAUUGGAAAAAUAUUACAUUUGGUGCUGCUAUCUAUGGAGCAGAUAUCAAUGGAUCUAUUACAGAUGAUGAUCAAGAUUACUGGAAUAUCAAUCGUUUAGGAACCAUAUUGGAUCAUGUGAAAAAUGAUUAUGGCAUCCAGAUUGAAGGGGUUUGCACUGCUUAUCUUUAUUUUGGCAUGUGGAAAACAACAUUUGCUUGGCACACAGAAGACAUGGAUUUGUAUAGUAUCAAUUAUCUCCAUUUUGGUGCUCCUAAGUCAUGGUACUCCAUUCCUCCAGAGCAUGGUCAAAGGCUGGAAAGAUUGGCUCAAGGAUUUUUCCCUACAAGUUUUAGUGAAUGUCCAGCAUUUUUGCGACAUAAAAUGUCUCUCAUAUCCCCAUUUAUCCUGAAGAAAUAUUCCAUCCCAGUACACAAGAUUACUCAAGAAGCAGGGGAGAUCAUGAUUACAUUUCCUUAUGGCUAUCAUGCUGGUUAUAACCAUGGAUACAAUUGUGCUGAGUCUACAAACUUUGCUACAAAAAGAUGGAUUGAAUAUGGUAAAAGAUGUCUGCAGUGUGUAUGUCGUAGAGAUGGAGUCAAAAUAUCAAUGGAUAUUUUUGUGAAGAAAUAUCAGCCAGACCGUUAUGAGUUGUGGAAGGAGGGCAAAGAUAUUGCACCUCAUCCUGAAGGUCAUAGAGAUGGGAACAGAUCUAAUAAUAGAUCCAAGAAAAAAAUUGAAGCAAACAGCUCAGGCACUGCACAUUCAAGACGCCAUCCUUUAAAAGAUGACUUCCCAAAGUCUAGCAUGGAGAAAGUUGCUGAAGAUUCAAAUGGGGUGUUCAAAUCAAAGCCUGAAAAUGUAUCUGGAGCCAAAGUAAAAACAAAAUCUGUCAAAAAAUCUAAAGCCCUCAAUGAAACGGAUGUUGUUUGUCCGGUACCAAAGAAGAAAUCCAAAAUGAAGAAGUCACUUGAGAUGCCAGUUGAUACAUUACAAUCUGUUGAUGAGCCGAGUGUUAAGACAGAUAACACUCCUUCAGAAUCCCUGGAGAAGAAUGAGUCAAAACUGAAUGAAUUGUCUAAAAAAAAAAUAAUUGAAAAAUAUCUCAAGCUUCCUCAGCCACCACAAGUAUUUCAAAAGAUUAUACCUUCUCCCAAAAAAAUGUCUCCAUUUCAAGAGGUUUUCUUGAAGACAAUAAUGCCUGAUCUGCCCAAAGUAAAAGAAGAGCCUUUGGUUGAAGAUGAGGUAAAAGGGCGGGACACGGAUUUGAAAUCUUUGUCACUAAGAGAUGGGACAACUUCAUCCUUCAUGUCCCAUGUAAAACCUGAAAAGAAAAGCUGUAUUUGGACUGCCAUUCAUGCUGGAGUGACAGGAUUUCAAGUGAAACAGCCAGUAACAACAGUUACUCAAGUAAAGUUAGAGGGGACCACUAGUCACAAUGUAAUCAUACCUCAGAGUGGUUUCACCAUCAACACUAGUUCUGUUAAAACAGAAGUAGAAAACCCUCCAGUGAUCAACAAAAUGAAUGACACAACUGCUGGUUUCAAUUCUGCUGGGAUAUCACAGCCAGGCCAUGUGAUUGCUAACCAAAACAGUUGCCAGAGUAAUACCACUGUGGCACAAUCUAGUGUAAACCAAGGCACUAUUACUUCUGCUAAAGUUAGUCAUGGUAGCUUGAAUCAGUCGAGACCAGUCAUUCAUCCCAUUCAUGUUCCAGCAUCACGGCCAAUGACUUUUCCUUUGUCUGUUCCUAACAUAAGACAAGGCUCUGCUCCUGCAAGUGUAGCCUACCUUUCAUCAACAACUAAUCCAUUGAAUGUUGUCCUCACAAGACCAUCAGUUCUGCCUGUGACCAUUGCCCAAACACGAUUUCCUACAAAUGUUCAAACACGACAUCAAGUACCAAUCAACAGUCAUACAUCUGUUGUCAAUCUUGGUUCUAAGCAGUUUCAUGUGGGGGCCACACAAGCAUCAUUGUACAACAUUCAGCCAGAUUACAUAAAUGAGAAACAAGCUACACCUUUGGUUGUAAACAAUGGACAUCAACUAGUUAAAGAAAACAAUGUGUCAGUAAUUGAGGGCCAAGUGAAAAGUUCACCACACUGUUUACAAAAUUAUCCUAAUAAGGGAAAUCAUUUAGAAAGUUUGUUUUCUUCAAGCCCUAAAUUAUCCUUGUCAGAAGAUAAUUUACCCUUAAAGUUGUUACCUUUAAAUGCUAAGGUAAAUUUUAGCAAAUCAAUGGUCUUGGACAGUUCCAUUCAGGUAAACAAACCUGAAGUUGUAACUGAUCCUAAAGUUACAGUCAAUAAUAUUCUUGAAACAGCAGUUUUUAAGUCAACACUAACAUCUCACAAUACAGUCCCAUCACAAGGCAUUACUGGAACUGCUCCGAAAUUAGUCAGUAGUAAUCAAAAUAGCUUGCUGAAUUCUAAUUCUCAUUUGGUUUUGGGAAAAACAAUGAAUCCUGUUGGAGUCAGUCAGCAUUAUAUCAUUUCCAAUCAGACCCAGUACUUUUAUCCCAGAUUAGUUCCAACCACUUCAUCACAAACACAUGUUUUCAACAGAGUAGGAAUGAAUAGCUUACCUUGUGAUGCUCAAGGAACUCCGUACAUAACUAUCAGGCCUACAGCUUAUCAGAUCAGGCAGCCAAACAGUUCUCACUCCACACCACUUAGUAUAGUGAAGCCAGCUUACCAUCCAAAUGCACCUUCAUCAGUAUUGAGUCACAACAAACAUGUUCCUGAAUCUAAUAUGUCUUCGUUAUUACUAAACCAGCUACAACAACCAAUUAAAGUAACCAUUGUACCUUCAACAACUGUUUCUGACAUGAAACUGCUUCCUCAACAGCAUCUGUCUAAAGAUGAUCAGUCUAAAAACUUGCUAUCUAUCAAACCUAUUGUUACACCUCAAGGCAGUUCACUUUAUUCCAUACUAAAAAGGCCUGAGAUGAGUAUAUUUCAUAGAAAUUCAAAUACACCUAAUGUAACAGAGAAUACCACAGGAAUAUUGAAACAGAUUGACUCAAUACCAGCCAAGAAGAUUGUAGAUAAUACACUUUUUGAUACAAGUAAACAAAUUCUCAGUUCUUCUCAGUCUGAACAAGUUUUGAAAAGUCCUGCCAAAAUAGUAGACAAAAGAAAAUGUCCAAGGAAAAAAAAAGAAAAGAUGGCUCAAGCAAACCCACCUGCAAGCAAUAUAAGUGCAGCAGAAGCCUUGCUUCAGUUUUCUUCUAGGGAACAGAAUGUGGGACCAUCAGUGUCUCUUGGUAAGCAGAAUCAGGUGUUAACAGUCUCUAAUCAAGGUGAUCAGAUAGUAUCAACUCUUCCCAUUGGGCUGCAGUCAUUAGUGAGUCAGGUGUCAAGAUUAUCACCUCUUCAGGUCAACACAGUGGACUGUCCUAAUGAUGCUCCCUCUUUGUCUCCUCAGUUGUUAGACUGUACUUACCAAGCUCCAGUUCUGACACCCCAAAAACCAAUAUCCUUAUUUUGUACACAAGGUAACACUGAGCUAACAAAUACAACAACCACCCAUUCCCAGUCUCGACCACCAUCACUUUCUCCAGCUCUCAGUGAAAAAAUGCCAACCCUUACACUCUAUAGUUCUGGUGACACCACACACAGAAGCUGUACAGGAGUUAUAACAUUACCAUCAACAUAUCACACUGAAGAUAGUAAAAAUAAUCAAGAGACUUUAAGCAGCACCUUAGUCACUACCAGUGACACAACUGCCUUGGAACAAAGUGACAAUACCCUUCAGUAUCUCCAUGAGUCUGAACAAACUAAAUGCAGUAAAGUCAAAGAUGUGAAUACUCAAACUAUAGAUGAUUCACCAAAUUCUGAAUCCUCCAGUCAAUCUCAAUGUUUAGACCUAUCCAGUUUGUCUGCUCAGAUUGCCCAGAAGCGUAAAAAGAAAGACAGUAAAAAACAACAUAACAAUGAGAAGCAACAUGUAGAUAGUGAGAACAAUGAAGACAAAAGGAAUAAGUCAGCAGAAACUAUAGAGUCACAGAGAAAUUCAUUUUCUUCAGCAACUUCUGCAUCUAGAUUAGGUGAUAUUAAGUCAGAUAAAAAAUUAGAAGAAAUCUGGGCACAGCCCUUACAUCAGAUUUGGCAGUUUGAGCCACAUAAUUUGUUAGCAAUACAACAGUACAAUAAGAUGAUAUCAAGGAGACGGCCACAUUGUUCAAUUUGCUCCCUCUUUCAAAGGCUGGAUACUGAUAGUGAUUCGAGCAAUGUUCUUGACCAGACAAGUGAGCAAGAACUUCCUGAGAAAUCCCUGCCAAUGAUACCAGAGGUUUCCUUUGCUAUCAGUGCCAUCAACACAAAGCCCUUUUGUGAUUACUCGCCACUAGAUGCUGAUGGAUUGAGCACAUUAUUGCAGUGUCACAUCUGCCAUGUGUGUGUCCAUGCCAGUUGUUAUGGUGAACUGAAAUGUACAUCAAGUGUGAACUGGACGUGUACAGUGUGUCAACAAGACAAACCAGAAGAAAUAGCUUGUCAUUUGUGUUGCUUACGAGGUGGUGCCCUCAAGCCAACUACGGAUGGCCACUGGGCUCAUAUCAUUUGUACCUUAGUCAUCAGUGAGGCAUCAUUUGUCAAUGUGAGAGAAAGAGCACCUAUAAAUAAUUCACAGAUUACAGCCUCCAGAUACAAACUGAAAUGUAGUAUGUGCUCCGAUGUUACUUCAGACAAUAUCAAUCACCCAACUGCAUGUGUCCAAUGUUCCUUUGGUCGCUGUGCCAAAUCCUUCCAUGUUACCUGUGGCUUUGCUGCUGGUGCCAAGUUUGAAAUCAGUGAUUGGCCUGUGCCUAUUUAUGUCUCUUGCCUGAAACAUGUGACCUCUCAUAACAAAGCAGAAGGUCGUCACCUUGAGCAGCUCCAAGAUCUGAUGGAAGGAGAGCUGGUUAUUGCCAAGCACAGAAACAGAAGGUUCUACUGGGCUAAAAUUGUGGAUGUUUGCAAGAAGAGAUUAUAUGAAGUAGACUUUGAGGAUGGUUCCUUUAGUGAAGACUUGCUUCCUGAAGAUAUUGAGUGCAGAGAUUGUGUGAGAGAUGGCCCCCCAGAGAAGGGGGAACAUGUUUCUGUCAAAUGGACCGAUGGUUAUGUGUAUGGUGCAACAUUUCGAAAAGUUAAUGUUCAGGAUUUAUAUACGGUUGAAUUUGAGGACAGUUCUCAGCUCCAAGCUAAAAGAGAAGAGCUGUGGUCCGGUUCAGAGGAAUUACCUAAAUCUGUGAAAAAUAGAAUGUCUGAAGCAACCGACAGCAAGUUUGAGUCAGCACAAUGGCAGCUAGAAGGGAAGAGAACCAAGAAAGUUGUGAAUUACAAGUUGAUGAAAAAAUUAGAUCUCUGAAAUUCUGAGUGGCUUGUGUUUGUUCAAUGCUGCUGAGGAUGAGAAUGACUUGUAGAACAGAUAGUUCAAUAAGAUACAAAUGUCAGGGAUGAUAUGUUGGUUUUAGAUAAUUUCAUACAAUUAUUGUAUUGUAAUAGACUACUGCGCUCUAUAUUGAUUGUCUUAUCACAGAAGCCUAUUGAAAUGAUAGGUGUCAAGUGUAUUGGUCUCUGCUUACACUGCCCACUUGACUGAACAUGAGUUACCUUUGGGGCUGUUAACCUUGAAUCUAUGUUGGUUUGUUUUUUUUUUUGGCUUGUUUUUAUGUUGAGCGAGUUAAGUGUUGAGAUACAUAUCUGACCAAUGAGAUGAAAGGCUCUGCUCAAGUUACUGGAACAAUCUGAUGGUAAUGUUUCAAAACUGUGCUACCCAGAUAGUGAUUUAUUUUUUUCUAUUUAGGAAUUUUAUGAGAACCUGUUCUCUAAUACCCAAUAAACUACUGACUUAGAUUAACUCUUACUUUCACUUUGAAAUGACAUCUUUGGGUUUAUUAAUGAUAUUUUGUUCUCAGCUCAGCAAAAAAAGAAUGUUGCCUUUCAUCACAUUGGGUCAAAUUAAAUUCUUGCCUCUUUCUGCUGUUUUGAGGAGGCUCUUGUCUGAGUUGUGUUAUUUAGGCAUUACACAUGUCUUCUUUGUUCUCACUGGACCUACUUGUUCACCAAAACUACUGCAUGGUUUCUUACUUAUUGUAGCUGUUGAUAUGCUUUUGGUUUGAUGGUUUGGCUAUUUCUCUGUUCCUAAUAUUUGACAUGAUCUAGUUUUGUGGACAUCAAACUGUUAGGUACUCUCCUCAGAAUAACAAGAAAUCUUUUGACAAUUAUUUCAUGUCAUUUUUAUUUUCAAUGUUUUCAUUGACAUUGGUGUGAAAUUAAUCACUUGGAUCAUUAGAAAAAGCAACACCUCCAAUCUAAUCUUACAGACUGGGAACAAAAAAGUUUUUUAAUUUUUUUUUAUUGAUAUUAUUUAACUUUAUCUCUGGUGAGUAAUCAGAUAUUUGAUAAAUAUCCUUUGCAUUGACAUGUUCUGUAAGUCUUGUUUCCACUGAUACAGGUUUGUGUACAAUUAAUUUGUGUUGAGAAGACCUCCAUCUAUUCCUACUAUGUAUGAAAACAUUUCUACUGCUGUGUUGUGUGUGCAGUGCUAGUCCAUUGUGGACUGAACUAGCAGCUACAUGUUUGAACUUCCUAACUGUAAAAUGUACAAAUAUUGUUUGAAACAGCCCAAUAAUAAUAACACUUUUCCUGAACAAUUUUGGUUCAAUUUUCAGUUGAACAUUUUUUUAAUAGAUUUGAUUCCAUUUUCAGUGAUAUGUAAAUUAGCUAUUUAUUGAUUUUUUUUUUUAAAAAGAGAUUCUACCCAUGUUAUAUAGUGACAGUUGAUUCCCAGCUGAGGGUUGUCUACCCAGUGUGUAUAGGGUCACAUCAAGGAGAUCAGCAAUAGAAGUCUCUCUCUGGUGGUGUGUGACUGCACUAGCUGGGCUGACUUCAAGUGUUGAGCAUGUGCAUCAUGUAGACAUUGAGAUUCACAUUGAAACACAAUUUACUUUAAGGAACAGAUUAAUUAUAGAACAGUUUUUUUUAUAUCUUCCUACUGAGGCUUAUACACACACAUACACACUGGGUAAAUGAACUGGUGAAUGUCUUUCUAGAAACAUGUGCUGGAACAAAUUAUCCACAGUAUGCUGUCUAUACAAGGGAUUUAUAUAUAUAUAUAUAUAUAUAUAUAUAUAUAUAUAUAAAUCUGUGUGUAUGUAUAUAUAUCUAUCUAUAUAUAUCUUAUAUGUUUCUAAAGUAAUGACCCUCAUGUUUCUCCAUUGUUCUAUCUAGAUUUGUAAAUAGACAUACAAUGUGUUUGUGUUCUCACUAGUCUUAGUAUCUCAACAUGAUUGGAUCAAAUCAUUCUUAGAGCUACCUAGAAAUCAUGUCCAUACUAUUUAUAUUUGUAAUAAACUGUUUUGUUUUCUCAA